CCACCCAAUCCCAGGGAGAGAAAAAGAAGAUGACAGGUCAAGGACGGGUCAAGCCACCAUAGAUAUGGCGCAGGGGAAGUAUCUCUACGAGAUUCCCUAUGGCGUUACAAGAGAAAUUAUCAUGUCAAUGGAUGCAGACAAGUCAUGGGAGCAUCUGGCUGGAGAGAUAGGAUACAGCUUUGAUAAGAUCAAGUAUUUUGAGCUUGAGUAUCAGAAGUACAGCGGCAGCCCAACCAAAGCUCUUCUCUGGGACUGGGGAAGCCGUAAUGCCACAGUCAAAGACCUCCAUAAUAAACUGAGGGUCCUCAAUCGAGUUCGAGAGAUGCAAAUCCUGGAAAAUUAUGUUGCCACUGCUAAAGAGCCCAAGCUCUCCAACAAGCCAGAGAAGGCCUUUAACAGCGACUUUGAGGAACAACAUCCGUCAAACAGACCAGUCCCGAGUCUUUCCUGCAUCAACACAGAUGAUCUACCAAAGCCACCACCUCCGAAACCGCAAGUGGAUGAUUCCAACUCCAACGAGAUCAACUUUAACCAACUAAAAGUCACAGCCACUAAAUCUAAAGUGUCAUCCAAGAUCCAUGUGGAUGUUUCCGAGAAGGAGAAACAGUAUGACGAUAAAGUGAUUCCAGGCACUAAAAGUACCAAUUCCAUCCCGUCAGGACCUUCAAUGUUUGGAAAACGGGUUCCUCAAGAAUCUGCUUCCUCAACAGAAAACAAAAGUUCGAAAGCAUCUGAAAGCACGGACUCCUCUUCUUUUGACUUUUCAUCGAUUGAGAAGUCAGAUCCAAUGAAGGGAUUUGAGAGUUUAAAAAGUUACAUGAAAAGUGAUAAUUUGAGCUUCAAUGAUGCAGCUGCACUUGUAGGCACGCCAUUCUUUGAAUAUAAGGAACUGUUUGAGGCUACGGAAGGAUUCAGUUCCUCACAUAAACUUGGUGCUGGUGCGUUCGGAACUGUCUAUCAAGGCCUACUGAGGUGUUCAAGGUGUGCCAUUAAGAGGCUUGACGAGGAAAACAAAGAUGUGAAAGGGGACAAAUCGGAACAGUUUAGUGAGCUGAGAGCUUUACUAAGGUAUCGUCACGAGAAUAUAGUGAACCUUUACGGGUAUGCAAUAGACGGACCGGCGCUGUGUCUAGUGUAUCAACACAUGGUCAAAGGGUCUUUAGAAGACAGGUUACAGUGUAAGGACAACACGCCUCCAUUACUCUGGGACAAAAGAAUUGGCAUUGCAGCCGGAGCAGCUAGAGGUCUACAGUUCUUACAUCGGUUUGGCGCCAAGCCACUCGUCCAUGGUGAUAUAAAGAGUGCCAAUAUCCUCCUUGACAAGCACUUUGAAGCAAAGAUCGGUGAUCUGGGACAAGCUCAGUACGCCAACAGCAAGACAAGCAGCGUCCUCACAGGGAGGUUUACUCACAUCUCACAGAAGCAAGCAACUUCCAAAAUCUAUGGCACCAAGACGUAUCUGGCGCCUGAGCUGAUAAGGGCUGGAGGACGCAUGUCCAUCAAAAGUGACAUCUAUGCAUUUGGCGUGGUUUUGCUGGAAUUAUGUAGCGGGGAGAAGGCCAAUGAUGAAAGGAGGGAAAGUGAUACGAAGUUUCUGACUUCCUACUUCAGUGAUCUGCAAGAUGAAACAAAGGGAGACAACUCUAAACUGUGUCGUCUGUUCCAUGACAAACGUGCUGGAGAGUGUCCUGAAACUUUCGUCAUUGAUCUUAUGAGUUGUGCAGCCAAAGCAGUGGAGGGCACCAAGAAAGCCAGGAUUGACAUGGAGAAGCUUCUUCAUCAUUUAGAGUCCAUUGAAGACCGAUGGAGAGAAACACAGAGCACAAUGUCGGAGAGUAGCUGCAUGUCUGCCCACAUGUCUGUGACUAGCGGUGAUAACUACAGUCAUCCUGUCCUCGCAACGAACCCGGGGGAGAUGUCCCAUUCGCUGCCGACUGAUCCCAAAAAGGAGGAAGUCUCAAACAAGCCAACAAGUCCACUCGAGUACUUCAAGCAGACAUCAGGGAAAGAAUUGCCAGUCCCAUUCAAGCUGGCACAGUACUACGACCAGCACAGGAACAGUCUGGACGAUAUGCAGAAGUGUGUGUCUCUUCCAGCACAGCUGCCUGAGUCGCUGAGACUUCAGAUGAUGGCUGAUGCAAGGAAGGAAGGACUCAGUGACCACUUUGAUGAGAUUGCCAGGAUUAAAGCAAUGAACAAACAGGAUCAGGAUGGUUCUUUGUGUGACAAUUUCGACUCUGAUCCAAAGAAAAUGGAAAAAUUGAGGCAGUUUGAUGAUGAACUGAGUGGUAAGAAUUUGUCAAAUUACAGUGUAAGUUCUGAAAUUCCGGAGUCCGAUCCACGGAAACUUGCGGCCCUGAAGCAGUUUGAUAAGGAGAAGCCGAUGACAAGACAACCAGAAGAGUCAUCAGAAAAGGUGGACAAUGACUAUCUUCCUAUGGCUGAUCCGGCAAAACUGAAGAAGAUGGAUGAGUUUGAACGACAGAGUUCUUCUGAUUCUAAGGAUUCUAUUUCAUCCGGGUUGAUAUUUGGGGAAGGAGGGAGGCCAUUACCCACAAUGCCUCCCCACUUACAGGAAUUUGAUAGAGUUGCACCGCAGGAGGUGUCUGGGAACUGUUUGAAUCAUGGUAGCAGUGAGCAGAGACAGAUGAAUGUGGGACAACAGUGUCAGGUUUACUGUGACCAGACGGAGAAUGUAUCUAAUCACCCGUAUAUGCAUCAAAUGAAUCUUAAAUUCGCUCAAGAUCGUUUUGGGCGAUUGAAUAUUGAAGAAGUUCAAGGCGGUACAUGUUCGAGUGGGUCAGAGUCGGACUAUUUUGGAAAUCAGUCUCAGCCGACAAUGAUUCCUGCUAAUUUGUCAAGAACUGGUUGUGUUGUCAGCAGUGCUAAUCCUUUGAUUCAAGGAAGUUCUAGAUCUGGAGGAAUUGACUCACAAAAUGUGCAAAGUGUAAGUGGCAGCCCAUCCCCAGUGUUGGAGGUCUGUGAAACGCUGUCGCCGAUGGCAAGGCAGCAACGCCCAUAUCAGUACCCUGUGCCUUAUCAGCAGACGGAGACAAGCACCUCUCAGACCUACACAUCUUCACGUCAGAUGUCCAAGUCCCUUCCCGGACCACACAGCGUCCAGUGAACAGUCACGAAUGUAUAAUAUUACCGAGAAGCAGCAGACAAGUUACCCUGGGAGAAACCAUGGCAUAGGACAAAGAAGUUUAAAUCUUUGUCACCGACAAAGUGAAGGGUUUGAGUAUUCAGAGUUACCUGCAGGUCAAGGUCAUGACCUUGAAGGUGAAGGUCAUAAUAUUGGUUUUGACCAAGGUGAAGGACAUAUUGUUGAAAGCCGUACAGGAUCUGGGUCAAGUGUAGAUCCGGCUACGUAUAAAUGUGGGGCUAGCAAAAUGAUGAACUUCUUUAACAGUUAUAACCAGGCACUGGCUGCUGGGACUGAUGAAGGGGGAAGAUAAUGAGGAGGUGGAGGAAGACGACAGGGCAAUGGAAGGUGGAGAUGAGGGUGAUGAAGACGAUGAGUAUGUGACAAACAUCAAUGUGUAAAUGGUACAGUCACUGUGAAGGAAGGAGUUUGUGUACAGAUGUUUUGUUGUAAUGUAUAUUGAUGAUAGAGGCAUUAGGACCAGAGAGGACAUGAAACACAGUCCAUCUUUUUAAGGACUGUUAGAUCAACCUGCAGUUGAGACAAUGGACAAAUGUGUGAUGUCCAGAUGUUAUAUUAAUGUGGUUAACUCAUGUAUACCUAGGCCCCCCCUUGGGACGAUAUUCAUUUGUAAGUUGAGAUAAAAUAUCACUUUAAGAAGUAAUAUCAUAUAUUUGUUGCAUUAUGAGUUCUGUUUCAAACUGAAAGAAUCCCAACAUAUAUGGGGGCGGUGGGGUAUCCCAGUGGUUAAAGCGUUCACUCAUCACACCCAAGCCCUGGGUUUGAAUCCCCACAUGGAUACAAUGUGUGAAGCCAUUUCAGGUGUCCUCUGCCAUGAUAUCGAUGGAAUAUUGCUGAAAGUGGCGUCAAACCUUACUCACUCACCCAAAUUUUAUGUAUGUCAUUCACUGCCUGCUGUAUGCACAGAACGUUAGAAGGAGGAAAUCCUGUAUAGCUUUGGGCUUAAAUAGACUCAGUGGAAUAGAUCGCAAUAUGAUGUCAUAAAGGGGAUGCAACAUACAGACAACCAGGAGCCAGUCUCCAGCCCUCAUUGCCUACUGUGACAUGGUUCACCAUCAGGGGUAUGAUUGUUGCUGUAUGUUCUUCAGGGGCCGACUAUUUGCCGUUCUUGUUGGGGGUGUGGGUAUUUAUCAAGAGGUUAGGUUACAAUUGCAAAAUGAGUUAUUUUUAUAAACUUAAAACUAUAAGCCUAAUUUUUCUUUUUUUUAAAUGUCUUUCAACCAUGUGUUUUGGGUGAAAUAAAUUUUUCCCUUUAUUUUAGCAGUAUGGGACAAAAUAGUUUCAUUCCAGCAAUUUCUGGGACUACUUAUUUAAUUUGAUGAAAUCCCAGAUCCCACAAGACUGUAGACCGGUCCCUGAGUAAAAGUAUGUGGAAAGAACUAAUGGUAGAUGCGUUUGUUUUAUUUCCCUCCUAUGGGUAAUCUCGGUGCAUGGAAAGCAGCAACCUCUGGUUUGAUGUGAAAAAAUAGUUCACCUUUAAAGAUAUAUUCGCACCAGUUUCUGGAUAAAUCAGUGUACAAAUCAUUGUUUAUUUAAUACUAUUUAUGGAUAUUUGUUUCACUGUAUUUAAUCACAUAGAUCCAAAUUAAGGAGGAGAUAAUAUUCUA